UUAAGGCAACAGAACAGAAGGAAUCAAAAAGUUGUUCCUCUGUUUGUGUCACGUCAUCAUCUUUAAACACGCUCCUUGAGUGAUGUUUCUCUUUAUCACUUUUGCAGUAAAGUCUGCCCUUGUAUUAUAAUCAUCUUUCUCUCUCACACUCACCCCCAAGCUUUCUCCUUUUUUUCUUUCUAAUGGCGAUUAUCACAGAAGAAGAAGAAGAAGAAGAUACAAAAACUCUAAUUCCACCGAAAGACUCUGACUUUUCGAAAUCUGAAUCGACUGUGAAGAAGAAGAACCCUAAACCCCAAUCUCAAAACCCUUUCCCAUUUUGGUUCUACUUUACACUCAUCUUCUCACUCGCCACUAUCAUCUUCACAUCUCUCUCUCUCUUCUCAUCUCACAACGAUCCAAGAUCUUGGUUUCUCUCACUCCCACCAGCUCUUCGCCAACAUUACUCAGAUGGACGAACAAUCAAAGUCCAAGUAAACCCAGACGAGUCACCAAUCGAAGUCUUUGUAUCUGAAUCAGGUUCGGUUCAUACAGAGAACGUUGUAAUCGUUCAUGGGUUAGGUCUUAGUUCGUUUGCUUUUAAGGAAGUGAUUCAGUCUCUUGGAUCAAAAGGGGUUCAUGGCGUUGCUGUUGAUUUGCCUGGGAAUGGUUUCUCUGAUAAGUCAAUGGUAGUGAUAGGUGGAGGAGAUAGAGAGAUUGGGUUUGUGGCUAGAGUUAAGGAAGUUUAUGGUUUGAUCCAAGAGAAAGGUGUGUUUUGGGCGUUUGAUCAGAUGGUUGAAACUGGAGAUUUGCCUUAUGAGGAGAUUAUCAAGCUUCAAAAUUCGAAAAGGAGAAGCUUGAAAGCUAUUGAAUUAGGGAGUGAAGAAACAGCUAGAGUUUUAGGUCAAGUCAUUGAUACUUUGGGUUUAGCUCCUAUGCAUUUGGUUCUUCAUGAUUCAGCUUUAGGGUUGGCUUCUAAUUGGGUUUCUGAGAAUUACCAGAGUGUUCGAAGUUUAACUCUUAUUGACUCUAGUAUCAGUCCAGCUUUGCCGUUGUGGAUUUUGAAUGUACCAGGGGUUCGAGAGGUUUUGUUAGGGUUUUCGUUUGGUUUUCAGAAGCUAGUGAGUUUCAGGUGCUCAAAGGAGAUGACUUUAUCGCAAGUUGAAGCUCAUAGGAUACUUUUGAAGGGAAGGAAUGGGAGGGAAGCUGUUGUUGCUUCGUUAAAGAAGUUGAACCAUAGCUUUGACAUUGGACAAUGGGGAAAUUCAGAUGGGAUUAGUGGUAUCCCGAUGCAAGUGAUUUGGUCUAGAGAAGGGUCUAAAGAAUGGAGCGAGGAGGGCCAAUGUGUAGCUAAGUCUCUUCCAAAAGCAAAGUUUUUCACACACUCAGGGAGCCGGUGGCCUCAGGAAAGCAAAUCCGUCGAGCUUGCAGAUUACAUUUCUGAAUUUGUCUCUCAGCUCCCAAGAUCCACCAGAAGGGUUACUGAAGAACCUAUCCCGGAGAAAGUACAGAAACUGUUAGAAGAAGCAAAGGCUGGUGGUGACCAUGACCAUCAUCAUGGCCACGGGCAUGCCCAUGCUGGUUACACGGAUGCUUACGGUCUUGGUGAAGAAAUGACUACUUGAUAAGUUGAUAUGCCUUUUGGAGUUCUUGUUGCUUGUUAUUAUUAUACCAUGUAAACUUUUAAGACUAUUGAGAUGUUUUUUUUUGUUAUUGGUUUAAAUACUACAAGAUAUGAAUCUGUGUGUUUUUUUGUAAGUCAACAAA